AAUAGUAUAAUACGUUACAUUACAUUACCCUGUGCUUGCUUUCUGAUGCUAGAAAGAAUGGAAAUGGUGGUUGAAGGCGAAGCAAGGAUGAGAGCCGCAGUAGUAGUAUACUAUCUCUCCCGAAAUGGCCAGCUGGAGCAUCCACAUCUCAUGGAGGUUCCAUUCUCUUCUUCUACACUCUUGUCUCUCAAAGAUGUGCUAAACAGAUUGACUUAUCUCCGUGGAGAAGGAAUGCGCAACAUGUAUUCUUGGUCCUCAAAAAGGAGUUACAGAAACGGAUUUGUGUGGCAAGAUUUGACAGAGAACGAUUUCAUUUACCCGACUAACGGCCACGAUGAGUAUGUUCUCAAAGGAACGCUACUCAUUCAACCUUCUCACAGUCUCACCUCUUUUGACGACACGUUAAGCUCCGAUGCCGAUCAUGCAGACUCGUCGUCUUCAUCCACCACCGCCGUCAAGGUUUACAAGGCAAACGCAUGCACCAAUGCUGCUAAUGCUUCCACUCAGACCGACAACAAGAACCAACUUGAUGCGGUGAGUGAUAAUAAUGACGGAAUUUCAAUUUCAAUUUCUUGUUCUGGAUCUGGAUCUGGAUCUGGUGAUAUAAGAAACCAGAAGACGGAGAUUGAUCGACCAAGCGGGAGGAUGAAGGCUUCUGCUUCUGCACUUAUGCAUUUCAUCAGGUGUCGAUCUUCUUCAAUGGAUUAUGCCAAUUAAGGCCCAACUCACACACCUUCUCAAGGCCCAACUCAUACUCUUAUGUUAUGCCCAAUUACAAAUGUAACGUAACCGUCUCUGAUGUGAUGCCCUCUAAGGUGUGUUUAUUCAAUUAUUACAUCACCAAAGCAAAAACCUUAUAUUAUACAAGGCCACCUUCACAUUCACGAAUCACAUGUUCAAUCUCAACCUCUUAUUCUGCUUCUAUUCUAUUCGUAGCUUUACUAUAACUACUAAAAAUCGAUCAUUUUAUAUUAGGAGAACUUAUCUUGAUAGAGUCUAGAAAAGAAACUAAAAUUCAAUACUUGGUCAUAAAAAUAAUUUUAUAUUAUUAGUCAAUUACACAUAUAAAUUUGUAGUGUUAACACAGAAAACAAAUUUUCUCCUUUGGGAGUAGACUUUUUGAAACAAAAAAAAAAAAAAGAAAGAAUAAAUAAAGUGGUGU